UUCCACAACCACUUUUUAUUUAUUUACACAAAUUUUUCUCUCCUUACCUAUUAUUCAUUCCACACUUCACAUACAUAACAUAAAAUCUUCCUCCGUUCAAUCUUCAUCUCUCUCUCUCUAUUCAUCUCCGUUAAGCAAAAAUCAUGGGUCCGAUGGUGCUGAGCCAACUCGCCACCGGUCUUAGCGUUCUAGCCGGAGCGGUUCUGGUGAAAUCGGUUAUGGACCAGAAGCCCAUGGCAGGCCCAUUCACUCGCUGCCCCACGUGCAACGGAACCGGUCGAGUCACGUGCCUCUGCUCGCGUUGGUCCGACGGCGACGUCGGAUGCUCCACGUGCUCCGGGUCGGGUCGCAUGGCCUGCAGCAGUUGCGGCGGCUCCGGUACCGGUCGACCCUUGCCGGCGAAAAUCGCGAUUCGCCCGCCGAACCGCCCAAUUAAUUAGUUCACCAAUUCGUUGGGCUCGCUUGCUCGCUUGCUACUACUCCUUUUAUUUUAGCGUCAGUAUAACAUUUUAAUUUUAUAUAGCUUUUUUAUUUUAUUUUAUAUCGAUCAAUUAUUAUGUAAUAUAAAGUGCACGUUGACACUUGUAUUGAAAUGAACAGAGAGGCAAAUUAAUUAUUAGGUUCCAAUCAUAUACUUAGUAUUACUGUAGUAAUUCAGAUUCUUGAUUUCUUAUACAAGCAUAUAUAUAAUUUUGCUCCUCUUUUCGUUUGAAGGCA